CUCCCUCCCACCACCCUUCCCGGUGCGGGUGUGAGUGAUUAUGGGGAAGGACCAAGAGCUAUUGGAAGCGGCUCGAACUGGAAAUGUGGCUCUGGUGGAGAAACUCCUGUCUGGGAGGAAAGGAGGGAUCCUAGGCAGUGGUUCCGGGGCUCUGCCACUCUCCAGCCUGCUAAGCAUCUGGCGAGGCCCCAAUGUGAACUGCACAGACAGUUCGGGUUACACUGCUUUGCACCAUGCAGCUUUAAAUGGACAUAAGGAUAUCGUGCUCAAGCUUCUUCAGUAUGAGGCAUCGACAAAUGUAGCUGACAACAAGGGCUACUUUCCUAUACACCUUGCUGCGUGGAAGGGAGAUGUGGACAUUGUUAAGAUUCUCAUCCACCAUGGACCUUCACAUUCCAGGGUCAAUGAGCAGAAUAAUGAAAAUGAGACAGCGCUACACUGCGCUGCUCAGUAUGGACACUCGGAGGUCGUCGCUGUCCUCUUGGAGGAGCUCACAGACCCUACCAUCCGAAAUAGCAAGUUGGAAACCCCCCUGGAUCUGGCGGCCCUCUAUGGUCGGCUGCGGGUGGUGAAGAUGAUCAUCAGCGCCCAUCCCAACCUCAUGAGCUGUAACACCCGCAAGCACACGCCCCUGCACCUCGCCGCGCGCAACGGCCAUAAGGCUGUGGUCCAGGUGCUGCUGGAGGCAGGGAUGGAUGUGAGCUGUCAGACGGAAAAAGGGAGCGCCCUCCAUGAAGCAGCCUUAUUUGGGAAGGUGGAUGUUGUCCGGCUUCUGUUAGAAACGGGGAUUGAUGCCAACAUAAAGGACAGCUUAGGCAGGACAGUCUUAGAUGUGCUGAAAGAGCACCCAUCGCAGAAGUCUCUCCAAAUUGCUGCUCUGUUACAAGAAUAUUUGGAAGGUGGAGACAAAGCUUCGGUCCUGGAGGAGAACGAGUUGGAAUGUACCACACACCAGACGUGCAUUUCGUCGCCUGUUAAUUCACCGUCCCAAAAGACCAAAAGUGAAGCAGUUACUGGAGAAUUGUCAAAGCUCUUGGAUGAAAUCAAACUCUGUCAAGAGAAGGAUUACUCUUUCGAAGAUUUGUGUCAUACGAUCUCAGACCAUUACUUAGAUAAUCUGAGCAAGAUUUCAGAGGAACAGCUUGGGAAGAAUGGGAGCCAGGCGGUGAGGCCUUCAUCCACAAUAAAUCUGUCUCCAGGGGAGUUGGAAGAAGAUGAUGAUGAUGCAAACACUUGUGGUCCUUCAGGGCUGUGGGAGGCAUUAACUCCCUGUAACGGGUGCCGCAACCUUGGGUUCCCCAUGCUGAUGCAGGAGUCCUAUCCAAAGAAGAGAAAUUAUACGCUAGAAAUGGUGCCAUCUGCUUCCCUCGAUCCAUUUUCUGCUGAAAAUGAAAAUGGCCUCAGUGACCUCACAGAUACAGCGGUCACAAAGAAGCCUUGCUCCUUAGAAAUAGCAAGAACGCCUUCCUCGAGGACAGAUAAUGCAUCUCAGGUAGCAAUUACGACUCCAGGAAGUGGUAACCAUAGAAACAGCUCAACAGGCCCCACACCUGAUUGCUCGCCUCCAUCUCCUGACACUGCCCUCAAAAAUAUUGUCAAAGUGAUCCGACCUCAGCCUAAGCAACGGACAUCGAUUGUGUCUUCCCUGGAUUUCCACCGCUUGAAUCAUAGCCAUAAUGACUUGGAAGCCAACUCAUUCCCAGCAUGUAAAAGCUUUCCUGACAGCCCCUCAGUCACUCCACCCAACUGCUCCAUGGGGUCCCUGGAAGGCAGCAGCGAAGGUGCCGACCAGACAGAUCCCUGUCAACAGGAAGACAAUGACCCUCCAGAGGAACAUGAUCCUGGGCAAUUUGCUGGCCUGCUCCAUGGAUCUUCUCCAGCCUGUGAGUCCCCUGAUAAUCCACUUCGUCUCUAUAGCAAAGCAAACAUGUGUGGAGGAGCACAGGAAGAAAUUAGUUUGAUGAAUAAUCCUCUCCAUUAUCAGCAGCCUCCACCAGGAAAUAACCCAGGAGCUCCAGUAAAGAAAAUUAAGCCCAAAGUGGUUAGUAGAACCAUUUUUCACACAAAAAGCCGCGCAUUAGAAAAUCACACCCUUGUUGGCACAAGAACAGCAAGAAAUGGAACAAGAAAUGGGAAUGGGGACCAGUGGGGUGUUAGCACAGGAGGAUUCGUGGAGCGAGCCUGUACUCUGGGAAGGAUACGGUCUUUGCCAAAGGCCCUUCUUGAUUUGCACUUGUCCAAAAAUGUUUCCAAAUCUGAUUCUGAUCUCAUUGCCUACCCAUCCACUGAGAAAACUUCAAGGGUGAACUGGAGUGAAUCCUCAACAACUGAACCCAGUUCUAAAGGGAAUUCUGAGAGGACUCCUUCCUUCACUUCUGAAUGGGAAGAAAUUGAUAAAAUAAUGAGCUCCAUAGAUGCUGGAAUCCACAAUGAGCUUGAAGAGAUGAAUGAUGAUAUUACAAGUAAGGAAACCUUUCUCUUUAAGAAUUAUUGA